AUGUCGACGAAGACCGUGGUACGGAGGACGAGAUCCAGCAACCUCGAGAAUCGCGGCGACUCCAGAUUUCCAUCGGGCGUGUACGCGGUCCGCACGCCGUCGGCAUGUAAUCGUACGCUCGCGGACAAGCCGAUUCAUCUGAAAAGGAAUAGCGCGCACGAGGGGAAAGAGAUAGGGAGGAUAAAGGAUAAAAAUGGCACGAGGAAAUAUCUGAUUCCGUCAAAGGAACCUAUGGUCUACCCGAAGAUCAUGACGAGGAAGGAAUACGAGGACCUGAAGGACCGCUGUCGCAUGGUCACAAAGGAGGAGAGACAAACGGCCGCGGAAACCGCAGAGAAAGAAAGGGAGAGACUACUAAAGGAGAGCUUGGCACGAAAGGAAGCAAUCCGCAUGAUGGACAUGAAGAAGGGUCGCGAGAAGGAUCCAAGAACGAGGGAGAUCGAGGAGGAGGCGAGAAGGAGAACGAUGCACGUCCUCGAGCGGGCGUACAACAUGCGUCUCGAGCAGGAGCAGGAGAUACAGAAGUGCAAUCGACUGAUCUUGGAAACCAAGUGCCGAGCCAUUCGCGACGCCCAGAUCGCGGAAAAGAAGCUGAUGGAGCGGGAACUUCUCGAGGAGGAAAAACGAUUAAACGACAUAAUGGAGGACGAGAGAAGAUGGGCGAUCAAAGAGGAAUCGCGAAAGGAACAGGAAGAAGCGGCCAAGAGGCUGCGGUUCGCCAAGCUCCUGAAGGAGCAGAUUAUUGAGAACGAGGAGCAACGGAUUCUCCAGUUCGAGAGGAAGCAGGAGGAAAGCCGACUCAUCAAUUUAAAUAACAUCGCGUGGCAGCAAGAAGAGAUCGAGAAGCUGCGCAACAAAGAGGCCGAAAAUGUUAAGGUGCGACAGGAACUUGCGGAAGGAAACGAGCAAUUGAAACAUUUCAAGGCUAUGGAAUUGGAGGAAAACAGAAUUAUAGAUUUAAGAAUACAAAAUUAUCAUCGAUUGAAAGAGGAAAGAGAGGCCAAAAAAGCGAAAGAGCAAAAAUUGGAGAGAUUGAAAAAGGAGCGAGAGAAAAUCAGAGUGGCAAUGCGAACUGUGCAGGCGCACGAACUUCAGAUGCAAAUUGAUGAAAUUAACGCGGCUCGGGUACAAGAAGAGGUAGAACGGGAAUGGAGACGAAAAGAAAAGAAAGAAGCUUUAAAGAAAUUGGAAGCUCAACGGAUUCUUCAGAGAGAAAGAGAGGAACAAAUAAACAAUAAGCGAAUAAUGCAAGCCAUCGAGAUCGAGCGAGAAAGGCGAGAAUUCGAGAGGAUUGUUCGUGUGCAGAAAGCAGCUUUCUGUAGAGAAAAGAAGGAACUCGAAGAGAAGCAACAACAGGCUUCAAUUCAUCGUAAAGAAAUAUUAAAGCAGGUAAAUGAGAAAGAACGAGAGCGCAUUGCUGAACGACAAAAAAUGUUUGAAGAAGGCUUGGCAAUACGUACUGAAGCUGCGAUGCGUAAGAAGAAACUGCAAGAUGCGAUGGAACGAAAGUGCCAAGAAAUGAGAGAGAACAAAGUUCCCGAAAUUUACAUAAACGAAGUAAAACGGAUGAUUGAAACUAUUCAAUGAAUUGUUUGAUUUCAUUGAAAAAUAAAAAUAAGAUUUAAAUGUAAUUUUCAAGAUAACAAAGCGUAUUUCUUUGAUUUCAACGCCUACAUAUGUAUAUAUAAAAUUUCGAAGCAAUAUACAAGAUUUAAAA